AUGACCACGAAUCCCGGCGGCCCCAUCGAGCUCAUUUUCGCCUCCUGGAUCGAGCAGGGCAUCCAAAACACCUACGAAGCCACCAUUCAGAGCGACUUGAACGCCGCGCUUGAUCUGUUCCUUGCGACCAACGCCAGUAUCACAGCGAACGGCAAAGCCACGACGCGCCAGCAGUACGUGGCGCUGCUUCAAGGCGAGAAGACCAACGAGCUCACUGCGACUGUAAAGUUC